GAGAUAGAGAGAGAGACGGGGGGGGGGGCUCGCUCAGCCGAAAUUUAGCUUUAUUUUACCCUUCCUCAGGCUCGCCGGUGUGUAAAUGUGACAGCCGGAGUUGGUUCCGUGCGUUAGAAGUCGCUAGAUGAGGUGAGGAUUACAACGUUACACCGCCAGCGGCUCGUCGGCGGCAAGCUCACUCCGUGGGCCCGGUGGGUGAAAUUUAUGAGUUCCGAGUGGAAGAUUUUACCUCGGGAGGAGGCAAACAGGGGAUGUCUGAGGAGGCUGUCCGCCAGACUCGCAGCCAGAAGAGGGCGCUGGAGAGGGAGGCUGCCCCACAGUCUGUGGACCUCUCCAAUGUUGACAAUGAAAGCAAAAAACCCAAACUGGACCCUUCUGAGCCUGCGUCCGAGGCACAAACUAAACCCAAGCCUGACCUUUUACUGGGASAGGACGCUGCGAGCCGGACUAGACUCGGAUCAGAUCCCGAAACGGAGCCGGAGCAGAGCCGCUUGCCGUUGCCGUUAGUGUUACCCCCGACUUCCCAGUCGGUGAAGGACGAUCGGGAUCGGACACAGAGACACCAGACGGCUGAGUCCGGCUCAGACAAUCGAAUUCACUGCAAUGACAGAGCGAGGACGGAGCCGACUGCGGACCAAAAAAGCCGGCUCCGGCAGACCGAGCCGAAGGCCGCAGGUGGGAUACUUGCUGCAGGCGAGGUGAAGGCAACCAUUAAAGUGGAAGUGCAGACAGAGCAGCCUGUGGACAUGAGCACCGCCACAGGUAUAAAAAGGGAGAAGCGUCCCCCGUCCCCAGAAGACGACGACGACGUCAUCAUCUUGUCCGACAACGACUCCCCGAGUCCGCCGAUGAACGGCCUGAGCCACUUCAAGGAGCUGGACACGGACCUGCUCAUGAAGAGCAGCCCGGCGGAAAGAGAACGGAUCAUCAAGCAGCUGAAAGAGGAGCUGAGACUAGAGGAGGCCAAGUUGGUGCUGCUGAAGAAACUUCGACAGAGCCAAAUUCAGAGGGACACUCUGCAAAAGCCCUCAGGUUUAUCCGGUUCCUCUGCUCCUCCUCCUCUAAUUCGAGGAACUAUCACAAGCAAUAAAGGCUCUCAGCAGAUUUUGACAGGAAGAAGUUUAGGGACCGUCAUCCCUCCCCCUCUGGUCAGAGGAGGACAGCAAGUGUCGUCCAAACAUGGCUCCCAGAUCAUAAUGCCGCCUCUGGUUAGAGGGGCGCAGCCCAUCUCCGUGUCUCCACAGCAGAUCCACGCUCUCCGCCAGCAGCAGCAGCAGCAGCAGCUGGCGGCAACCGGAGGUUCGGGAUCAGGCCCCCCUCCUCUGCUGCUGGGCACCAGGAACUCGGCCACCACGGCCCAGGGACAGAGAGGCAUGGUCCAGUCGGGCCUGAUCCGGGUCGGCAACAGUGCAAACGCGCUGGCGUCUGCAUCCGGUCUGAAGGCCUCCUCCUUGGGAAGCGGUGGCGUUUCUGUGGUCGGUGUCAACGACUCUCCAGCUAGCCGCCAGGCUGCGGCUAAGCUAGCCCUGCGGAAACAACUGGAGAAGACCCUGCUGGAGAUCCCCCCACCCAAGCCACCUGCACCAGAGUUUAACUUCCUGCCCUCUGCAGCCAACAAUGAGUUCAUCUAUCUGGUGGGACUGGAGGAAGUGGUGCAGAACCUGCUUGAUACCAUCCACAGAGGAAAAACUGGUGUGCCACUCUCUAAGCAAGUCAUCCGAGACCCUUUCAUCUGCACCCAGUGCAAUACUGACUUUACCUGCCGCUGGAGGCAGGACAAGGCUAAAGGCGGGGUCGUGCUCUGCGAAGACUGCAUGUCGUCCAAUCAGAAAAAGGCGUUGAAAGCUGAGCACACCAAUCGUCUGAAAGCCGCGUUCGUCAAAGCGCUGCAACAGGAGCAAGAGAUAGAGCAGCGCAUUAUCCAGCAGGUGUCCUCCCCGGUCUCCCACAGUACCUCGUCAUCCACCUCAUCUGCCGCCUCGUCACUGAAGGCAGAGCAGCUGGUGUCUCAGCAGCUGAAGCAGGCUCAGGCCAGAGUUUCCUCCCUCCAGCACCACCACCAGGCCAACAGGGGAGCCAACAUCCUCCAUCAUCACUCCAUUAAGCAGAGCUCACAGGGCCACCUGUCCCACGGCGUCUCCUCUGUGGGGAUGAGGGGCGUCCCCCACUCGUUCUCCUCCUCCUCGCAGCUGCAGAGUGCGGUGGCGGCYGCGGCUUUGGUCAGCCGGCCAGGUAAGCACGCCCACGUUUCCCACCGCUCUCUCCAGAGUUCAAAGGUGAGCAGCAGUGGGAUCAGCGGCGGCAGGAAUGUCAGCGGAGGUAGUGCCUCAUCAGCUGCAUGGAAGAAGCAGAGCAGCAGUAACGCAGGAGUGACCAUGGCCUACGUGAACCCGAGCCUGACCGGUCACAAGACCUCGGCCACCGUGGACGCCCGUCAGAGGGAGUACCUGCUGGACAUGAUCCCCUCUCGCUCUUCCAUCUCGCAGACUGCAAACACGUGGAAAUAACUGCAUAAACGGCGCCCUGCUGUUCAGAAAUUGUGUCCAAGCUCCUCUGCUCCCGAUAACCUGGUCCGCAGCGCCCCCACAGGACUGUUAAGCAAUUACAAUCUCUCAAAGUGAAGAAACGUUCCUGAAAUCUCUUUGUAAGAUUUUAUGUUUUAGUUUUCAUUAUUCUUGUCGUUUUUAUUUUUGACGUUCACGCUGUUGUUUUGGUAAUUAUGGACAAACCAUUUUUAUUUGAGUGGGUCAAAGAAAAAAAAUAAAUAAAACGAAACAAUACUUGAAGGGCUUUCCAUGAGCUCUGUCCUUCAGACUGAGCAGAGAAAUGGUGUGAGAAGAGCUUAAGAUCUGCUGUUAAAGAGAAAAGUAUUGAGAUUUAGGGUCAUCAGCCAUUGUGGCAGUCAGAUGAACCCUAAUUUUUGACACUUGAAUGGUUCUAGUUGUAACCCAGGAGUUCACAUUAAACAAAAUGCAUUUAUUUUAGGUAAAAUCACCAAGUUGUAAAAUUUUCAUUACAUCCUCUCUGUGUAGUUAAAGGUUUGAAUUUACGUUGUAUUUACAGUAAGUUAUUUUGCUUUUGACUGAUGUUAAAAAUCGCUCAGUAUGGAAGUGGUUUCUACUGAGUUUAUUCUAGCUUUCUUUUGUUUUUUUGUUGUUGUUUUUUUCCUGUUUGACAGCAUGCCUAUCCUUACGCCCGUUUUGCACCUUAGCAGAAGAAGCGCGGUGUCAUUGCUUAACUCAUCUGUAAUUACCAUCUACUUAUUUUAUAUUAUUGUCAACAUUGUACGAUUUUGAAUAUGUCGUCACUGCAAACUCUUGACGGAGCUGAAUUUUCUGCACUGGAGCCAGAGCUCCUGCCUCCAAUAAUUCAGAAUCCAUGAAGCUGGGUAGAUGUUUUUUCUUACAYCUCCCAGCUACCAAGACUUGGGACUGCACAAGAACAUCCAGAAUUCCUCACCAUCAUGAGUAAAUUUCUCUGCUUUCCAAAAUCUUUACUGCAUUGUUCGGAAUUAUGUUAAAGUUUAUUUGGUUUACCUUUUCUUAGCUCCUAAAGAAAUAAAAAUAUACAUUUUAAAUGGC